GCCGGACUGAUCCAGGUGGAACUGGGGCCCUAUUCUGUGUACACGUCUCUGUACACUCAGACAUGUUUUUAUGCGAAUAACUGCACCUGUGCGCCUUUACAAAGCAAACCUUGUCCCCUGAAAUGCAGGAUUCAGCGGUCCUGAGCUACAACCAAGAAGAAAAGCUACUCAAUGACCUGAUGGCUAACUAUAACCGCAACUUGCGCCCGGCCGAGAAGGAGGGAUACAUCAUCAAUGUUACGAUCAAGCUAACGCUCACCAACCUGAUCACGCUGAACGAGAGGGAGGAGGCACUCACGACCAACGUCUGGGUAGAGAUGGAAUGGUUCGAUUACCGCCUGCAGUGGGACGCGGCCAAGUAUGAAAACAUCACGUGCUUACGGGUCCCCUCCACCUCGGUGUGGCUGCCUGACAUCGGCCUGGAGAACAACAUCGAUGGGGUGUUCAACAUUGCCAUGUAUACCAAUGUUUUAGUGUCCUCCAAUGGCAAGAUCUCCUGGUUGCCUCCAGCCAUCUACCGCAGCACCUGCGCCAUCAUCGUCACCUACUUCCCUUUCGACUGGCAGAAUUGCUCCAUGGUGUUUCAGUCCCAGACCUACAGUGCCAAUGAAAUCAAUCUGUUGCUGAAAACGGAAGACGAGAUCACCAUUGAAGAGAUUGUCAUUGACCCGGAAGCUUUCACAGAGAACGGGGAAUGGGCAAUUAAGCACCGGCCAGCCAAGAAGGUUAUGAAUACUGAGCGCUUCACACCGAAUGAUAUCGAGUACCAGCAGAUCGUCUUCUUCCUAAUAAUCCAGAGGAAACCGCUCUUCUACAUUGUUAAUAUCAUCAUCCCUUGUGUGCUCAUUUCCUCCGUCGCUGUGCUGGUGUACUUCCUACCUGCCAAAGCUGGUGGACAGAAGUGCACUGUUUCUAUCAAUGUCCUUCUUGCCCAGACUGUCUUCCUCUUCCUGAUUGCAAAAAAGGUCCCUGAAACGUCCCAGGACGUGCCACUCAUUGGAAAGUACUUAACUUUCCUCUUGGUGGUCACCAUCGUCAUAGUUGUGAAUGCUGUGAUUGUACUCAACGUGUCUCUGAGGACCCCCAAUACCCACUCCAUGUCCAAGCAAGUCCGGAAGAUUUUCCUGCACCUGGUGCCCUAUUACUUGCGCAUGCACAUGCCGCACAGUGACGACGCCCCCCCAGGGCCUCGGCUUAUCCGUCGCCGGAGCUCUCUGGGACUCAUGGCCAAAGCCGAAGAGUACAUGCUGUGGAAGGCCCGGAGCGAGCUCCUCUUUGAAAGGCAGAAGGAGCGUGACGGCCUGAUGAAGAUCUUCCUGGCAAAGAUAAGAGGAGGUUUAGAGAAUGGAUGUCCCCAGGACUUUUGCAAUAGUCUGCAUCAUGCAGCGCCAGAGAUCCGGGCCUGUGUUGAUGCCUGCAACCAUAUCGCCAAGACAUUGAAAGAGAAGAAUGACUUUGACAGCGAGAACGAGGAGUGGAUCCUGGUGGGGAGGGUCAUCGACCGUGUCUGCUUCCUCGUCAUGGCCUCUAUCUUCAUUUUCGGAACAGUUAGCGUCUUCCUGAUGGCCCACUUCAACCAGGCCCCUGACGAACCUUUCCCAGGGAACGCUAAGUGAUCUCUGCCCUAGGAGGAAAGGAGUUCACCCUGGAUAGACUUGUCCUGAUACUAGCUCUUCAGGGAUUUCUCGGGGCUGGGCAGGAUCUCUGUGCAGGGAGCAGGAUUCUGCCCAUAGAUCCCAUGCUACAAAACCUUACUAUUCAACUUUAUUUCUAUUCUCUGGCAUCCCUUAGACCAGGGACGGCCAACCUGAGGCUCUCUAGGCGGUGUUGAACUACCAAUCCCAUUACCCAUUGCUGCACUAAAUUCUGGCAGGGGUUGAUGGGAGUCGUAGUCCAACAACAGCUGGAGAUCCUCAGGUUGGCCAUUCCUGCCAUAGACUCUGUUCUUUGUGUUGGAAGUGAAGGACUCUGCGCUGCCUCAUGCCUCAAUGACAGAGGGGGACAGACUAGUGAGUCAGAAGGCUAGAGAGGUCAAGACAUUGGUCAUCCCUUCUCUCUACUGCUCUGACACUAUCCCUUUGAUAUGUAGAUUGCUACUCUUAGGGACUUCCUGCCUGCCUGCCUCUCUUCCUUCCUUUCUUCUUUCUUCUUCUCCCUCACACACACACACUUGCCUCUCUCUGCACCAUGUGUGCACAGAGAUGCAUCCAUCUGCAUCCAGCUAGCUAGCUAGAUUAGACAUACUAUCUCUCCACUUUCCUAUCUAGAAUGGAGUUCUCCAAUAAAGACUCCUUAUAUUGAUUUGAAACUAUGAA